AUGGCUUCGAUUGCUUCUACCAUACAAGCUCCUCCACCCACGGCCGCCCUCAGCCGCCGCGCCAUUUCAUGCCCCAGACCCGUCUCCACCGUAUUCAGCCUCUCGCCGAGGGUUCCGGUGCUAAGACUGGCGCCAAAAAUCAGUCAUAACCGCGUAACAAAGUGGAGGGUUUUGUGCGCGGUGGCGCAGCCAGACACUCUGAAGGUGGUGCAGAGCACGAUCGCGAAGCAGUUGUCGGUGGAGGAGUUCACGGUGACCCCACAGACCAAGUUUGCUGAUCUGGGCGCUGACUCGUUGGACACGGUGGAGAUCAUGAUGGCGUUGGAGGAGAAGUUUGGGGUUUCCGUCGGAGAGAGUGGGGCCGAGAGCAUCGCCACCGUGCAGGAUGCCGCCGACUUGAUCGAGAAAGUCAAGGCUGCCGCACCUUAA